AUGCUUAUUGUCCACGCCUCAAGCUCUUGCGAUAUCUGUCUGGAUGCCUAUGAUUGGGACACCCCAACACAGAUGCCUCACGCUAUACCCUGCGGCCAUAUCUUCUGUAAAACUUGCCCCUUUUGCCGCAACCAAUUCGUCGCUAAUCGUAUCGUAAAGCUGCACGUCGAUCGUCCAGCAACGUUAGAGCAGGGUGUGGAAGAUAUUGAGCUGCUGCAGAGGCUUGGUGCAGAGGAAGCGAAACGUCAGGUCGAGCUUGAAGCUGCCCUGGUACAGAGCAAGCAACGCGAGCGGGCACUACGGGGGUCACUGGAAAGGGCACGACGGUUGCGAAAACAGCGUGAGGAAGAGGCCGAAGCUCGCAAACAGCGCGAGAAAGAGGCAGAAGCUCGCAAACAGCGUGAAAAAGAGGCAGAAGCUCGCAAACAGCGCGAGGAAGAGGCAGAAGCUCGCAAACAGCGCAAGGAAGAGGCAGAAGCUCGCAAACAGCGCAAGGAAGAGGCAGAAGCUCGCAAACAGCGCAAGAAAGAGGCAAAAGCUCCCAAACAGCGCGAGAAAGAGGCUGAAGCUCGUAAACAACAACCCCCCGCCGUAUACGUUGGUCUUACUACGAUCCAAGCGCUACAAUUUGUGGUUUUCGCGCAUUCUAAUGCAUUAACGUUGAAUCUUGAUCACGGGACUCAAUUUAGAGCCGCUCAACGAUGCUCAAGGAACGAGCUGCCUCGUGCUCUAGAACCAGGCCUUUUGUGCACGAGAACAACAAACAUAUCCAUUAGGCUCAAACCUCACGUUGAGCACGCCGACAACGACAAACUCUUCACAUCCUACUGGCAUCAAUGCUCAUUAUGCCCCACGCUAUACCCUGUGGCCAUAUCUUCUGUAAAACGUUGGUCUUACUCCAAUCCAAGGGCUACAGUUCCUGGUUUACGUGCAUUCUUAUGCAAUAACAGCUGCCUAACGUCGAUGGGGUCAAGUUGCCCCUUUUGCCGCAAGCCAUUCGUCGCUAAUCGCAUCGUAAAGCUGCACAUCGAUCGUCCAACGUCGGAGCAGGCUAUAGUAGAUGUUGAGCUGCUGCGAAGGCUUGAUGCAGAGGAAGAGAAACGUCAGGCCGAGCUUGAAUCUGCUAUGGAACAGAGUAAGCAACGCAAGCGGGCACUACGGGAAUCUUUGGAAAGGGCGCAACUGUUGCAAAAAAAGCGCGAGGAAGAGGUUGAAGCUCUCAAACAACAACCCCCUACUGUGGCAGGAAAAACUGCUUCUGGUGUUGUACCUAGUCCAAGGGAGACUCGGGUCGAUGAGGUGGAUCAGCUUCGCGGGGAAUCUUCAACCCAACGGAGGGGGGGAUAUUCGAGGUUCCCAAGGUGGGCACCCCGGAGCUCUGCUGCGCCAUCGUCGACCCAAUUUGGGCGGGGAGAAGUUGGAGGAGGUGGGGGGGCAGAAGCUGCAUGGCGGAACGGUUGGCAAGUCAGUUCGUCUUCUAAUUCGGAUGCAAGUUCGGAAGACGAGUCUUUCUGA